GAGCUCGCGUCGAACUCUCUCAGCCUUCCUCGUGCCCGCGCUCACUCGCUCGUCGCUUGUCUCAGCGUCCGACCUCGUUCGGUCCAUUGUACGAGCAACGGCGGAACCUCGAGCGCGCACGAGGAUUCGAUUGUGCCAUAAGAAACCUACCCAUUGUCGCCUCGUCGCCCCACUGCUCUCGAGCCCGGCUUCGGUUUCGCCGGCUGUGCGCGUCUGUCAGUGUAUUGUACCUCCUGCAGGGGAAUAAUCAAUUGUGUCCUGCAUUGCGUUUCUUAGUCGCCCGCGUCGAUCUAGGCGACACCAUGUCUUUGGGAGAUUUAGCAACGCAGGCCGGCGGAGGCAUUGCUCGCGCCAACGUGUUGGAGUCCGUCGAUCAAUAUGAGAAGUAUCACACAUCCCAUGGUGGAGAUGAAGAGAAGAGGAAGGCAAAUUACACAGACAUGGUCAAUAAGUACUAUGACCUGGCAACCAGCUUCUAUGAGUACGGCUGGGGGGAUUGCUUCCACUUUGCCCACAGGUUGAAUGGAGAAUCUUUGAAAGAGAGCAUCAAACGGCACGAACAUUUUCUAGCCUUACACCUUGGUUUAAAGCCUGGCAUGAAGGUUUUGGACGUGGGCUGUGGCAUCGGAGGUCCUCUUCGAGAGAUUGCUCACUUCAGUGGUGCGCACGUAACAGGUCUGAACAACAACGCCUACCAGAUUACUAGAGGUCAAAUUCUCAAUCAAAAGGCUGGUUUGGACAAGACAUGUGACUUCGUAAAGGCAGACUUCAUGAGCAUUCCUGCCGCAGACAAUACCUACGAUGCUGUUUAUGCCAUUGAAGCUACUUGUCACGCACCUGAUGCGGUUGGUUGUUACUCUGAGAUACUUCGCGUUCUCAAACCUGGACAGUACUUCGCCGCAUAUGAGUGGGCCCUGACGGAUUCUUACAACCCUCAAAAUGAGGAUCACAAGGAAUGCAAGGCCAAAAUCGAAAUCGGAAAUGGGCUACCUGAUGUUCGUACUGAGGCUCAAAUUGUGGAAGCCCUCAAGGCAGCUGGAUUUGAGGUAGUCAGAGCCGAAGAUCUUGUGAAGACCUCACCGGUGCCAUGGUAUCAACCGCUGGACACCUCACAUUGGUCACUAUCUAGCUUCCGACUUACCAAAGUGGGCCGAUUUUUUACCCGCAAUCUGGUGAGAACACUUGAGGCCGUGAAAUUGGCUCCCGCUGGCAGCGUGCGAGUCAGCAACUUUCUUGAAACGGCUGCUGAUGGUCUCGUCGACGGUGGAAGGAAAGAGAUCUUCUCACCGCUAUUGUUCCUGUUAGCGCGGAAGCCCCUUCAGUAACUGUCUGUAAAUUUUCAUGUUUUAUCACGUGGUGGUAGUCCAAAUAGAGGAGGAUUUACUCAUGCCUGUCGAGCGUAUGAAAUUCUCUUAGUGCUGCGUCUGAAAUUAUCCUGGAAGAAGGGGCUUCAUUGUUUUGGCCGGCUUUUUGUGGUGUGCCUCCAACCUGCCUGUAUGUUUCCUAUCAACCAUCCAACUAGGCCAAGGGUCUUCUAGAACGCAUUCGUUCUUUACAUUCAAUGAACUUUCUUCUUGAGGUUAACAGGAGCCAGUCGGGUUCUUCAAGGUGACAACCACAGCCUCGUGUAGUAUAUCGCUAACCGACUAGGUUAAAUUAGGAGACUAGGCUUCUUCUACUUUUCGGCUUCCCUCGGGUUGGCGUGUAUCCUAGGAUGGGGUCAGUCGCCCUCUUGCCUCUAUUUUGCAUAUUGCAUUUGGGAGGUCAGCUUUGAGUUCUGAAGUGCUUGUCGAUGAAAAAGAGAAGUGUUAUUUACUUGCGAGUUUCUGAAGUGUUUGUUUCCUUGAAUUUGCUCUGUGCCGUUCUCGAGUUUGAGUGUCACUUGCUAGAGAGCUGAGCACAAUAUAAUACCGUUAGUGAGGAAGUGAAGUGCAACUACGAGAAAUCGUUUCUCACGACUAGUUAUUGAGAUGGACAGAUACUGUUAGAAGAAUAUAAAAAUUCCAAAACGCAUACUCCAGCAAUUUCUCAGAUGAACCACGCCAGCAGUUCUCUUCGUUCUUCCAGGUAUCCAGUUGAAGGUACCAUCAACAAACUGGACAUUGUAAAUUUGAAACCAAAGAUACAAUCUUAGGAAAAAAGUUCACGAAGGCCAACUGGUGGCGCUAAUUAGAGUAGUCUAAACACUAAGAGUGAUGGUCUUAGCAGCCAAUAUAUUCCAAAAGCUAAAGACGGCUUGCUGAAUCCUUUGUGUUUACAAAGAAAUAAGAAACCAUGACUUGUAACCGG